CCCCAGCAGAGUUGUCUCCGCGCCCGACCGGAAUCGGUACCCCGACGCUCCCAAAACGUGCGUUGUAAGUCCCGACAAAGCCCUCAAAAACCCAGAACCCCGAUCGGAUAAGGUUUUCCGAGUAAAAAUCCCCCGUGUGCGCCGUGCACCUCUCAAUCACCAGUCCCCUCACAUUCCCGGGAAUAUUCCAUCCCGUUAUAUUAGACCGAUCGUCCCGACGCCUGCACUGCGCCGACUCCUCGCUUCACACUUGGUUUCGUGUCCAUUCUGGUCUCAAUGCUCAUUUCACUCUGAAAAUUCGCAUUUUCCCGGCGAGUUUUCGCCCCAAAAACCCUCUGAAACGUGUCGAAGUGGCAGUAAAUACGUGAAAUCAAGUGUAAUUACUCCGAAAAUCAAAGAUAACCCCCGGGAAUAAAGCCCGGAGCAUCGGCGUCGCAGCCCAGGAGGCACUCGUGUGAAACAAAAAGAACAAUUCCCCGAAAAUCGUCGCCAAAACCUCUGAAGCAAAACCCCCCAAAAAAUCACAUUUUUUAAAUACCGAUAAUUAUCCCGUUGUUUGAUGUUUUAUUAAAAAAUGAGUGAUUACUCAGCGGUAGCUCCGCCACAAAAUUUCAGCCAGAGCUCGGCUUUUGCCGCGGCUCUACAGCGUGCCAAACAGAUCGCAGCUAAGAUAAAUCCAGGGGGUACACAGAGUUCCGAGGGAAAACUUAAGCGGUCACUUGAGGAUGGCCCAGGUAUGGUUCAUGAUGUAGAACCUGAGGCCAAGAAAUUAGCACCCGAUCCUCUAAUGAACCUUCGUGCACCAUCGAUGGGAGAUCCAAGCAGUGGACGAUCAAGCUCCCUGGCUUCGUCACCGCCUCAUGGAGUCAGUGGUAUGGGUGGUAUCUGCAAUGAAGAUAUUCGAGUCCCUGAUAAAAUGGUUGGAUUGAUAAUUGGAAGGGGCGGCGAACAAAUAACGAGAUUGCAAAGUGAAACAGGAUGUAAAAUACAAAUGGCGCCCGAAAGUGGCGGUCUACCGGACCGUGUUUGCACUCUAACUGGUUCACGAGAGGCUGUCAAUAGGGCGAAGGAUCUGGUGCUCUCCAUUGUCAAUCAGAGGUGCAGGGCUGAGGGAAUUGGAGAUAUGAACAUUGGAGGGAACUCCAGCAGCAACUCGGGUAGCGGUGGUGGUGGUGGUGGUGGUGGUGGUGGAGGCGGCGGCGGUGGUGGAGGCGGUGGUGGUGGUGGGGGAUCUAUGAUGAGUGGACAUCCUGGAUCCGUGGAGAUCAUGAUCCCUGGACCCAAGGUUGGAUUGAUCAUUGGCAAGGGAGGGGAGACUAUCAAGCAGCUGCAGGAGAAGUCUGGAGCCAAGAUGGUGGUCAUCCAGGAUGGACCUUCACAGGAGCAGGAGAAACCGCUGAGAAUAACUGGAGAUCCCCCAAAAGUGGAGUAUGCAAAGCAACUGGUGUACGAGCUAAUAGCAGAGAAGGAGAUGCAGAUGUUCAGAGGCCCCAGAGGUGGUGGUGGUGGUCCUCCAGGUUCCAACGAUCGUUCUGGAAGUUUCUCCAGUGACAAUGGAUACAUCCAUCCCUCAUCAAAUGCCGAUGGUGUCGAGGUUCUGGUGCCUCGUGCAGCUGUUGGAGUUGUUAUUGGAAAGGGUGGUGACAUGAUCAAGAAGAUACAGUCAGAGACUGGGGCACGUGUGCAGUUUCAACAGGGUCGUGAGGAUGGCCCUGGUGACAGGAAGUGUCUGCUCUCUGGUAAGCCUCAGGCAGUUGAACAAGCUCGCCAGAGGAUCCAGGAGCUCAUCGACAGUGUAAAUAGGAGGGACGACAGAAAUCCACAGGGACCUAGGGGACCCAGGGGCAAUGGCUUUGGCAGUGGACGUCCCAAUGAGUAUGGAGGAUGGGACAGACGUCAAGGGGGUGGGGGACCUCCUGGUGCUGGGGGUGGCCCCAUGGGGGAUAAAAUCGAAACCACGUACAAUGUUCCUUCUACCAAGUGUGGAAUUAUCAUUGGAAAAGGUGGUGAAACAAUAAAACAGAUAAACCAGCAGACAGGUGCUCACUGUGAGUUGGAUCGUAGAAAUCAGGGGAGUGAAAACGAGAAGAUAUUCAUAAUUCGUGGUACCCCAGAGCAAGUGGAGCACGCCAAGAGAAUAUUCAGUGAAAAAUUGGGAAUGGGUCCUGGUGGCACACCUUACGGUGGUGGACAGGGUGCAAUUGGCUACAAUCCAAGCUGGAAUGCAGGGGCUGGAUAUCAGACGUGGCCGGGAGCUGGUCAACAGCCAAAUGAUGGUAACAGUGCAGUGCAGCCUGUCCAGGUGAAUCCACAGACGGGACAGCCUGACUACAGUGCCCAGUGGGCUGAGUACUAUCGAUCACUGGGAAUGCACAGGGAGGCGGAGAUGAUUGAGCAGCAGUCGAAGCAGGCCAAGUCUGAUCAGCAGCAGCAGCAGCAGCAGCAGCCAGCACCACCAGGGGCACAGGCAGGUGCCACUGGACAGCCACAGCAGCAGGCACAGACUAAUCAACAGCAGCAGGCUAAUCCUGCCCAGAAUGGGGGACAGCAGCAGGCGGAUUACAGUGCACAGUGGGCUGAGUACUACAGGAGCAUGGGAAAGGUCAAGGAGGCCGAGGUCAUUGAGGCUCAAAUGAAGGCUGGAAAGUUGGGUGCAGCAAAUAAUCAAAUGUCCCAGCCCCAGAUGCAACAACAGCAGGCAAUGCCAGCCCAACCAGCGAAUCCCCAAUCUGGUGCACCCAAUGCAUUUCCCCACGCCUAUGGGGCAUAUCCAGGCAUCAAUGCCGGCUCAACCCCAGCUGCAUACUACGCUGGCGGUGGCGGUGCAGCUGCACCACAGCAACAGCCUGGCCAGCAGAAUCCAGCGUUCGCUGGUGGUUACCAGAACUAUCCAUACUCACAACCCAACUCCGACAACUAAUGUCUCCACCUGAAUUAUCAGCCACGAUUAAUAUGACGGAUGCUGCGGCACGUGUUAUGCGGAUGAGGUAAUUCGGUGGAUGGAUUUUAGUUUUGUAAAUAUCCGUUUUUGCGGAGCAUUGUUGAGAUUUUUUUUCGGUUUUUUUCUACUCGAAGAAUUCGAUUUUUUUUUUCAUUUGAAAUGGGUUUUGGAUGAAAUUAGUUUCGGCGAUAUUUCUGGAGGAGAGGGGUUGAGGGAAAAUUUCAGAGGACAUUUUUGGGGAUGAAUCUAGUUGAAGAGACCUUUGCAUAAUUCGGGAGGCUUUUUUUGUUUUUAGUUGAGGGUCAAGUAAUCCUUAAGAACGUCUAGGGUCGUUUGACCCUCAACUAAAAAUGCAACAACUUGUAAAACUCAUCAAAAAACGAUUUCCCCAAUUUUGCAAUUAUUUCCAUAACGAGUAGAGUUAUCAAAAAAUAUAUCAAGACGUUUUUUAUGCAGAAAUAAAUUCUCUACAAAAAAUGUCUUAUGGCAUUUUCCUCUAAACCCACUCACAACCGAGAUAAUCAAACAUUCAGAAAUGCGAAAAAUCAACUUGUGAAGGUUUACUCAACAACUCAACACACUGCGUGUGAUAAUGGCUGAAAACACUGAAAACAAUGAGAUUCAAGUACUCAGUACACUUUAUUAACAUCAACCAGCAAGAAAGAAAAACGAUAAAUAAAACAAUAAGAAUUCAUACUGUUACUAUCACAUUUUCAAGACUCUUUCGAGACAAUCACACAUACCAAAAUCAUCAAACACUUGACUCUGAACAUGUUACAUAACAAAUGUAUAUGUUUAAUCGAGAAUUAUAACCAGCAUACGUAAAACACAAUAAAUCAAUUUUUCAUAAA